CCUCCCUCGUCGAAUCAAAUCCGUCUCUUUUCUCCAUUCCGCUCCCCUCUCCCUUCCCUCUCGGCCGCUCGCUCCCUCCCGCCGCCCGCGCCGCACCGUCGUGUCCCGCCAUGCCGAAGGGCGCCAAGAAGCGUGCCAAGCUCAAGAAGAAGCAGCAGGGGGACCACCACGCCGGCUCCGAUGAUGGCGGCAGCAACAACAACACCGUCGAAAACGGCAGCAAUAAUUCCAGCCGCCGCGACGGCGCCAGCGACGGCAACCAUCUGCCAGUCCGACCGAACGUUCCUCCUGUGGAUGUGAGCGAGGACUCCAUGGAGAGCUCCGAGGAGAUGGUGACGCCGAGGGCCGCGGCGUCCGAGGCGGACGAGGAGGAGAGGAAGGCCGCCACGUCGGAGGUGCCAGUCGAGGUGGUCGAGGUCGGGGAGGAAGUCAUGGUGGACGCCCUGCCGCCUGAAUCCGCUGGUGUGCAGGAGCAGCAGGGUAAGGCGGUGGGGGACGAGGACGCGCUUGUGGUGGUGCAGGAACCGGAGGUGAAGCGCGAGGAGUUGGUGGCCAAGGUGCAUCCGGUGCAUGAACCGGAGCCGAAGGUCGAGGAGGUGCUGGUUGUGGAGGCUGCUGCGGCAUCCGUGCCGCAGGUACCAGAGGUGAAGCAUGAUGAUGUGGUGGUCAUGGAGACGGCUGCGCUGCCUGUGGUGCAGGAGCCGGAGACGAAGAGUGGUGGUGUGGUCGCCAAGGAUGUGGUGGUGUCACGGUCUCUGGGUGCAGCUGAUACUACAGAGGUAGCACGGGGACCUGCAGUAGCUAUGGCUUCUGCAGGGCAGCGAACUACAUGGUGGAAUUGCUGCGGGCUGUGUGAUGUACUGUCUGGUUCAGAAAGAUAGAUUAAGGUUGGAACUUGGAAGCCAAGAAGACAGUAGAUGCGAAGUUGUUCAAAACUGAUGGUUAAUUGUAACUAGCCUGGUUGAAUGCUCAUAUGAAUGGAGUCGAAGGAUUUUGGAUAACAUCGAGCUGAUGUUUCUCUCUGGCCCAUGUUUCUACACCUUGCUGUGCAAAGUUACAUCCCCUUGGUUGUGGUUAAUAUUUUUGAGUCCCAUAGAACUCUGAAAUUUACACCCUUGUCUAUUAUCAUCUAGGUUCUGUUCUUGUAGCAUAAGAGUUGAGUUGAGUCGUCAGUAAAGAAAUUUUGUCUUCUUUCUGUUUCAUACUUAUUUUUUUCGUUUGUCGUCCGGUUUGCCCCCCUUCUAUGGUUCGGUCACCUUGAAAGGAGUAAUGUUGAAACUAUUGAGAUGUUCCUUUGUGUAGUCUUGCUCCGCGAUAGUUCGCAGCAUGUCAGACUGCUCGCUAUUAAAAAGAAAAUAAUGAGACGUGUGGGUUAAACUCAUUCA